AUGGAGCUGGCCGCCACUAAGCAACAUGCUCAUCCAAACACAGUGUUCCACUGCUUUUACGCGCUCUACAAUCUUGGCUACACUCGCCAGCAGCUCGCUCAUGUCUACAACAAGGACGUAAGAACCAUCGGUAACUGGAUGCAGGUCUACGAGGACACAGGAACAUUUCAGCGGGCGAACACAGAAGUGGACAGGAAAAAAAAACCGCUUGCCUACUUGGACGAAGCACAAGCAGCUUUCACUGAAGCUCACCACAUUUCGAUUUCAAAGUCAUCCGUUUGGCGCAUUACCCACGACUUCGGACUUACUUGGAAGGUCCUUGAAAGACGUGCAAUGCAUAUUAAUAAAAGCGAUGUAUUCAGAUUCGUUGAGGAGCUCAGUACUGUUAAUUGGAGUCAUCAAAACCUUGUCUUCCUAGACGAAGAUUUCAGUGUUAGCGUUUAUUGGGAGCUAACGGGUUUACUCGACUACUACGAUACACCAGGAACGUUCGACAGGUUGAGCUUCGUGAGUUGUUGCAAAGAUUUCGUGUACUCAGCACGUGGGCGCGUAAAUCAAUACCCGGGAUCUAGCUCGGUGUGGAUUCUCGAUGGAGCAUCAAUCCAUCGCCAUCCAGAGAUUAUACACUACCUGCGAAUUUUUCUUUGGGUACGUGAAGAAGGCUUUUAUGCGGCACUAUGA